AUCAUAUCUAAAUGGCUUCUCUUACCGUAAGUGUUUUUGUAAUAACGCUUCUCUUCCAUUGUAGUUUCAAUGUCUUUGAAGCUGCGGAGUAUCACGAGAGUCCUGCUCCUGCACCAGCUGACCAUUAUCUAGUUGCCCCGAGCCCCCAACACCUUCCUCCGUCGAGCGAGUCUCCGAUCCCCCACCAGCCACCGAGCCAAUCUCCGAUUCCCCACCACCUUCCCCCGUCGAGCGAGUCUCCGAUCCCCCACCAACCACCAAGCCAAUCUCCAGUUCCCCACCACCUUCCCCCGUCGAGUGAGUCUCCGAUCCCCCACCAUCCACCGAGCCAAUCUCCGGUUCCCCACCACCUUCCCCCAUCGAGUGAGUCUCCGACCCCCCACCAUCCACCGAGCCAAUCUCCAGUUCCCCACCACCUUCCCCCGUCGAGUGAGUCUCCGAUCCCCCACCAGCCACCGAGCCAAUCUCCGGUUCCCCACCACCUCCCUCCUUCCCCUUCGCCUCACUACGCCCCCGUUGAGCCACCUAAACCGCAUACCUACCAUCAAAGAAGGUCCAUCGAAGUCGAAGGUGUUGUUUAUUGUAAGUCUUGCAAGUACCCCGGUGUUGAAACCCUUCUCGAUGCUAAACCGCUUUCAGGUGCUAUGGUACAAAUGACAUGCAAGAACACCAAGCAUUCUCGAGUAGUUGUGACAGCCACCACGGACAAUAACGGCUACUUCUGGCUAGCAUCGAAGGACGUGUCAAGCCACGCAUACCACCGAUGCAAGGUUUAUAAUGUGAAGUCAUCGGACAAGAAUUGCACUAUAACGUCGAAAAUGAACGGCGGAAUAGAGGGGGCGGAGUUGAAGCCGGUAAAGGCAUUCUUGGACGUUGAGAAGAAACCGGUUGUGCUUUACCGUGUUGGACCAUUAGCAUACGAACCCACCUGUCCACGUUGAAAGUACGAUGGGAUCUUGGGGAUUUUGAUGAUAUGAUGGUUUGAAUUUAUGUGCUUUUCUAAGCUUUUGCGAUAUCGUUGUUUUUUAAUAAUUUUUAAUCUGAGUCAACGAGUUUUCGAGGUAA